GUGGAGGUCCUCAAAGCUCUGAAGUCACUCUUUGAACACCACAAAGCUCUUGAUGAGAAGGUCAGGGAGCGACUUCGUGUAGCUUUGGAGCGAUGCAGCAUGUUGGAGGAGCAGCUCACCAUGUCACACAAAGAACUGGCUUACCUCAGAGAGCAGAGCGGUCAGAAGAGAGGCCUGGCCGAUGGAACCAGUGAGGUCAACCACAACUCUGAGAACACCCCGAGCACUAACGGCAAGAGGUCAUCAGAUGACUCACUGAGUCAGGAAGACGAGUCCACUCCUGGAUUUGGGAAAGCCGGGGAGCUCCAGGAGGUGGUGGACCGACAGACCGCCGAUCUGGGCCAGCUGAAGGACAACAUGGCCGCCAUGGUGUCCCGCAUCAGUGAGCUGGAGGAGGACCUGGACACGGCCCGCAAGGACCUGAUCAAGUCUGAAGACAUGAACACGAGGCUCCAGAGAGACCUCCGAGAGUCUAUGGCCCAGAAGGAGGACAUGGAGGAGAGGAUCACCACCCUGGAGAAACGCUACCUGGCUGCUCAGCGGGAGGCCACCUCAGUCCAUGACCUGAACGACAAGCUGGAGAACGAAGUGGCCAAUAAGGAGUCCCUGUACAGACAGUCCGAGGAAAGAAACCGGCAGCUCCAGGAGAAGCUGGAACUGGCCGAGCAGAAGCUGCAGCAGACCAUCCGGAAAGCUGAGAGCCUCCCUGAGGUGGAGGCUGAGCUGGCUCAGAGGGUGGCUGCCCUCACCAAGGCAGAAGAACGCCACGGUAACGUGGAGGAGAGGCUGAGGCAGCUGGAGGCCCAGCUGGAGGAGAAGAACCAGGAACUGCUCAGGGCACGACAACGAGAGAAGAUGAAUGAGGAGCACAACAGGCGUCUGUCUGAGACUGUUGAUAAACUUCUGUCUGAGUCCAACGAGAGGCUGCAGCUUCACCUGAAGGAGAGGAUGUCUGCGCUGGAGGAUAAGAAUGCUCUCAUUAGAGAACUGGAACACACCAAAAAGCUGAUUGAAGAAUCUCAUCAUGAGAAGGAGCAACUCUUAAUCCAGAUUGAAACAAUGAGAGCUGAAAACGAGCAGGAUAGGAGCCGGAGUAACUCCCUGCUGCACGGAUGUUCUCAGCUGGGCAGCACUCCAGAUUUCAGAUAUCCAGUGUCAGCGUCCUCCAUGAUGGACACUAACUCAGAUCAUUACGGUGGCGCUCUGGUCCUCAGACGGCCUCAGAAAGGACGCGUGGCGGCCAUCCGGGACGAGCCAUCCAAGGAUGAUCCAAGAGGAGAAGGAGAACACGGCCAUCCGUGCAGACGAGAUCGAGUGCAGAGUGGGUGGUGAUGAUGGUCUGGGAGGACGGUUCCGCUCUUUGAGCUCCAUCCCWCCAUCACUGUGUGCGGGCUCAUCGUUGAGGGGUUCACCGCCUAGCUCGGGCCACUCCACCCCCAGACGCAUCCCUCGUAGCCCCAACCGAGAACUGGACCGGAUGGGGGUCAUGACGCUGCCUAGUGACCUGCGCAAGCAUCGCAGGAAGUCUGCUCAGGAUGACAAGGCCACCAUUCACUGUGAGACGUCCCCCCCCACCACGCCUCGCUCCAUGCGUCUGAACAGGGAGGCAGGGCACGCUGCCAGUCAGGAGGACAUCCGAGACAUUCGAGGUCUGCAGGACGGGCAGGGCAGUAACCCCAGCAGCAGUAACAGCAGCCAGGACUCUCUCAACAAAGCAGCCAAGAAGAAGAGCAUCAAGUCCUCCAUUGGACGCCUGUUCGGGAAGAAAGACAAGGGUCGACCCAGCCUUCCUGGCAAGGACUCCCCGAGCCAAGCUGGCACUCCGGAGGCAGAGGGCUCUCCGAAGGACGGACUCCCAGCAGGAACACUUGGAGGUCCUUCAGAGAAGAACAGGAAGCUGCAGAAGAAUCCAAAGACAGGACAUGAAAUCCUGGAAGAAGCUCGCAGGCAGGGCCUGCCCUUCGCUCAGUGGGAUGGACCGACGGUCGUGGCUUGGUUAGAGCUGUGGGUGGGCAUGCCCGCCUGGUACGUGGCUGCGUGUCGAGCCAACGUGAAGAGCGGAGCCAUCAUGUCGGCGCUGUCCGACACAGAGAUCCAAAGAGAGAUUGGAAUCAGCAACCCUCUGCAUCGCCUCAAACUCCGCCUGGCCAUCCAGGAGAUCAUGUCUCUGACCAGCCCCUCAGCACCCCCCACCUCCAGAACGACCACAGGAAACGUUUGGGUCACACAUGAAGAGAUGGAAAGUUUGGCAGCCACGCCUCCUACGGAGGAUGACGAGGGCAGCUGGGCCCAGACGCUGGCCUACGGAGACAUGAACCACGAGUGGAUCGGUAACGAGUGGCUGCCCAGUUUGGGUCUGCCACAGUAUCGCUCCUACUUCAUGGAGUCCCUGGUGGACGCCCGCAUGCUGGACCACCUGACCAAGAAAGACCUGAGAGGACAGCUGAAGAUGGUGGACAGCUUCCACAGGAACAGCUUUCAGUGUGGAGUGAUGAGUCUGAGGAGGCUCAACUACGACAGGAAGGAGCUGGAGAGGAGGAGGGAGGAGUCACAGUUCGAGCUUAAAGACGUGCUGGUGUGGACUAACGAGCGUGUCAUCACCUGGGUCCAGGCCAUCGGCCUCAAAGAGUACAGCAGCAACCUUUAUGAGAGCGGCGUGCACGGAGCGCUGCUCGCCUUGGAUGAAAGCUUCGACCCCAACACGCUGGCUCUGCUGCUGCAGAUCCCAACACAAAACACUCAG